CGCCAUGCUUGGUAAGGGCGCCAGAAAGGCAUGGAAGCGCCUUCUCCAUGCCUUCUGGUAAACCCGAACGCUUAGCACCCGCACUCCUUCCAACGCCGAAGGAUGCGCGCAUGGCUUACAGUGCUCUUUGCUCUCACUUUCGUCAUCUUUUGCAGCUCAGAUGAGACGAGGACUGCAGACAGGCCUCCCUUGGGAUGGUCGUCGUGGUAUGGCCUCGGAAAGGAAGACGGUUGGCCGCAAACAAACGAGAAAACGAUCAAGGAGAUUGCUGGAGCCAUGGUCGCGACAGGACUGCGAGAUGCAGGAUACACCAUACUCCAUGUCGACGACUCUUGGCAGUCCACAACUCGUGAAGCAGGGAAGGGACUGCAAGCGGAUCAGGCCAAGUUCCCUCAUGGAAUGAAGGACGUCGCAGACUUUCUUCGAGCACUCAACCUCACGCUGGGCUUGUAUACAACGCCCGGACACUUCUCUUGCGCGGGAGAGGCGGGGAGCGGGCAGCUGGGGAGCUAUGGGCACUUGCAGGAAGACAUCGACUUGUGGGUGGGCGAGUGGGGUGUGGGGUACUUGAAGAACUGCAUCUGCAACACAACCACCUCCAUGCGCAGGACGGCGUACGCUGAUGUCAGAAGGGCCAUCGACAGGGCCCUGACAAGACGAAGUAAACGGAAGGACAGCGUAAUCUACGAAUGCUCGAACUACAUGGAUGCACCAUGGAGGAACGGACAGCACGAGUACUGCAAUGUCUGGCGUGUUAGCAACGACGUUCCAGAUAACUUCGACGGGUGGAACAAAGCCGUGGAUGCAGUGAUGAAGAACGACGUCAACAGGCUUGCGGGACUUGGAGGAAGCUAUGGGGCGAGGUGGAGCUCCUUCGACUUCUUGCAGAUUGGCUCCAAAGGACAAACUCUGUCAGAGUAUCGAGCGCAGAUGUCACUCUGGUCCAUCCUUGCAGCUCCCAUCUUCAUCGGAGUCGACGUGAGGACGAUUUCCAAGGAGGCGCUGGAAAUCUACACCAACCCAGAGGUUCUGGCGAUUAGUCAAGAUCGUGAUGGGAUCCCUGGAUUCCGGAUUUCUCGAGAUGUUAAGUCAAACUUGGAUGUCUGGGUCCGUCCAUUAUCGGAGCGUGCAGAUGGUGAAAAAUUGCACUAUCGACGAGCAGCACUGCUGCUGUUGAACCGUUCGGGGAAGCGAAGGACGAUGGGGGUCAAGUGGAGCCAAGUGGCGAAGGGGAAGGGGAUGGAGAGCUGGAGGCGGCGGAGCAAAGACUCCGUGGUUCUCGUCCGAGAUGUCUGGAGGAAGCGAGACUUGGGGAUGUUUGCCAAGGACUUUGAGAUCGAGGUCGACCCGCAUGCUGGCGUGAUGUUGGUGCUGCGCGUGGAGUUGAAGGAGACUUCUCAGCCCUGCGUCGGGCUGACCAUGCAAGAGAUCUUGUGCAACACUUUCGACGACCAACGGCUGAAUCUUCAGUGAUGACUUUAUUGUUAGUGUCAACCAUCUACUUCGACUGUACGCUGUCUUGUUGAUGCGUCAUGAACCGUUGUCGCCAG